AUGUCUCGCCACCGUAAUAUCCGAAGAAUGAUCAUUGAGCACGAGCGCGAAGACUACUAUGACGAUUACGAGGAUUAUGAAGACGAGGAGGAAACUGAGAAUCAAUAUACCUAUCAUAACCGCAAGCCUACGGCUGUACCACUCGGUCGUAAAGCUCCGUUCGUUCAACAGAACCAGAAACAUGCCAAGAAGCACAAUAAUGGACAGUGUGCUCCUUUAAAUGAGCCGAAAAAAACGGAGCAGGUGAAAGAUGUACUAAGAGAGUCUGCAACUCCAGCUAUGAGCAAAAAGUCGUCUGAAAUGGAUCUCACCGAGUAUCGACGCAACCAGCUCUUGAAUAUCGCUAGAGCUCCAUUCGUUCCUCGGAGAACGGCGAAGCCAAGACUGGUCAGAAAAGAUUUAAUAAAUCUUAUCGUUGUAGGGCACGUUGAUGCAGGAAAAAGCACUUUGAUGGGGCAUUUGUUGCAUGAUCUGGACGUGGUAGACACUAGAACCAUCGACAAGUACAAGCGUGACGCAGCAAGAAGUGGGAAGGCGUCGUUCGCCUACGCAUGGGUUCUCGAUGAAACUGAAGAAGAACGUGAACGCGGAGUAACGAUGGAUAUCGGAAGAACAAGUUUCGAGACAGAAAAUCGUCGAAUCGUGCUUCUCGACGCUCCAGGACACAAGGACUUCAUUUCAAACAUGAUCACUGGAACGUCACAAGCGGACGCUGCGAUUUUAGUAGUGAAUGCAACAACUGGAGAGUUCGAAACAGGAUUUGAGAAUGGAGGACAGACGAAAGAGCACGCGUUGUUGCUCAGAAGCUUAGGUGUCACUCAACUGGUAGUGGCUAUCAGCAAACUGGACACCGUGGAGUGGUCGUACGACAGAUAUGAGGAAAUCCGGAACAGUCUGUCAGUUUUCCUGACUCGUCAUGCUGGAUUCUCCAAGCCAAUCUUCGUGCCGGUAUCUGGAUUUACCGGGGAGAACUUAGUGAAAAGGAUAGACUUGAGUUGGUACGACGGACCAUGUCUACUGGAGUUGAUGAAUAGUUUUGUGGCUCCAAAACUUUCGUUCGGUGGUCCGUUGAGAAUUGGUAUCAGUGAUGUCCAUAAGGUGUCUGAAAAUCAGGUUGUCGUCUCUGGAAAAGUCGAGUCGGGAGAAGUUGAAAAAGACGACAAGGUAUAUAUUAUGCCAAGUGUAACACCUGCCACUAUCAAGGAAUGUGCUGGUAACAUUGGUGCUGCUCAAUACGUCACAGGAGAUUUUAUCAUGUUCACUCUACAAGGAACAUUCGAGCCAGAGUCCGUCCAAGUUGGCUCAGUUGUCGUCAAAUCAGGACCGGAUACUCUGAUCCCGGGUAGAAAGUUUCAAGUUCGGCUAGUGGUGUUUGAAAUCGCGACCCCUAUCAUCAAGGGAGCAAAAUCCGAAUUGUAUGCGCAUUCUCUAUGCAUUCCAUGUACAUUCACCAAGCUUAUCCAUACAAUUGAUAAGUCGAAUGGAGAAGUUUUGAAGGAGAAGCCACGUUUCAUUUCGAGAGGAAUGUCUGCUGUGGUUGAAAUUGAAACUGAUCAUGAUGUUGCAAUCGAAGCAUUCACUAGUUGUCGGGCACUCGGAAGGGUCACUUUCAGAUCUGGUGGAAACACAAUUGCCGCAGGAAUCGUUGAGAAAACUAUCACUCCACAAUGA